AUGUUCAACCCAAUGAACCCUCCAGUUAACAACUAUGUGGAUCACUGUUACCUUCGGCCUCUCCAUGGGCAGGGGCAACCCAGCACCAUGGUGGAAGGAAUCAAUGACUUGCCUUAUUACCACCAAGCCAACUCAAUGGGGAAUCACCACACCUAUGGGAUGGUGCCUGGAGGGGAACAUCCUUCUCAUACUGAGGGAACUCGCUUUUCUACACCACGGAGCACAGCCAAACUGACAAAGAAGAGGGCCCUCUCCAUCUCCCCGCUCUCAGACGCCAGCAUUGACCUGCAGACUGUUAUCCGCACCUCUCCCAAUUCGUUGGUGGCUUACAUCAACUCUCGCUGCGCCUCAGCUGGGGGCUCCUACGGGCACCUCUCCAUCGGAACCGUCAGCCCUUCCCUUGGGUUCCAGAGCCCCAUGGGCCACCAGAAAGCUCAGGGGAUGUCAUUUGGCCACAACCCUCCAAUGGUCCCCUGUGGGUCUCACGAGCACAUGCCCAGUCGGCCAGGGUUGAUGCAUCACCAUAUGCCGCCACCCCGUGGGAUGCUGAAGCACUGCCAGCUGAAGUCAGAGCCCAGCCUGGGCAGCCCUCUGGAUGCCCUCAGCACCAAGUGCCUGGAGGAGUGCUCGGAGGGUGACAUCUCCAGCCCGGCCUCUACGGGGACGCAGGACCCCUUACUAGGCAUGCUUGAUCCCCGGGACGAACUGGAGAAAGAAGACGGGAAGGUGGAGGCCGAGGCAGUGUAUGAGACCAAUUGCCACUGGGAAGGGUGUUCCAAAGAGUUUGAUACCCAGGAGCAGCUGGUGCAUCACAUUAACAACGAACAUAUCCAUGGGGAGAAGAAGGAAUUCGUGUGCCAUUGGCGCGACUGCUCCCGGGAGCAGCGACCCUUCAAAGCUCAGUACAUGUUGGUCGUCCACAUGAGGCGUCACACAGGGGAAAAGCCUCACAAGUGCACAUUUGAAGGCUGCAAUAAGGCCUACUCACGGCUGGAGAACCUCAAGACCCACUUGCGCUCCCACACGGGGGAGAAGCCCUACGUCUGCGAACACGAGGGCUGCAAUAAGGCCUUCUCCAAUGCCUCAGAUCGGGCCAAGCACCAGAACCGGACACAUUCCAAUGAGAAACCCUACGUCUGUAAGAUCCCAGGCUGCACCAAGCGCUACACAGACCCCAGUUCGCUGCGCAAGCAUGUCAAGACGGUGCACGGGCCGGAUGCCCACGUGACCAAGAAGCACCGUGGAGACACGGUGCCCACCAGCCGGACGCUGGCCCUCCACGGGGACAUGAAGCAAGAGAGAGACAGCGAGGGCAGGAAGGAAGAGGGCAAGCUCAUGGUGCCCGACUCGAACUUGAAAUCACAGCCCAGCCCGGGGGGUCAGUCAUCCUGCAGCAGCGAACGCUCCCCGUUGGGCAGCGCCAACAACAACGACAGCGGAGUGGAGAUGAACGCAAACGCGGGCGGCAGUUUGGAGGACUUGUCGGCACUGGAGGAACCACCAGAGCCUGUGGGCCACUCCGGGAUGUCCGCGCUGCACAAGUUGGAGAACCUGCGCAUUGACAAGUUCAGGCAGCUACGCAAACCCCUGUCGGUGAAGGGGGUCAAGCUGCCCUCCAUCCCCGGACCAGGCUCAAGAGAAAUGCCUGGAUUGUGUGGGCCGCCUUCCGCCGUUUCUCACCGGCGCAUCGUGGAGCUGUCGUCCAGUGACUUGCCCUCCCUCCCCCUGCCAGGGGAACGCCGCGGCAGUACCACCAGCACAGUCAGUUCGGCCUACACAGUCAGCCGCCGCUCCUCCAUGGUGUCACCAUAUCUGCCAGCAGUGGGAGCCCCUAAUGGGCUCGGCCCGCCUGACGUGUACGACCCCAUUUCCCCUGAUGCCUCGAGGCGCUCCAGUGAGGCCAGCCACUGUGGGGGUCUUCCGGGUCUGGGUAACCUCACCCCGGCGCAGCAAUACCGUCUCAAGGCCAAGUAUGCCGCUGCAACGGGUGGGCCACCUCCGACCCCUCUACCCAACAUGGAGAGGGCUGCUCAGUCUAACCUCCUGAGGGAUUACCCAGGCGCAGGCCUGCCUCCUUUCAUGCGGAGGCACAGUGCCAAUGAGUACCACAGUUACAACCCCAGCAUCCUCCACCCUCACGUGGCACUGAGCCACAGCACCCGGCGAGCCAGUGAUCCCUCCCAGGCAGGGGGCGAGGCCCAUCCUACUCCCAGAGUGCAACGGUUCAAAAGCCUCAGCAACAUGAGCCCGGCAGGGAUGGGCAGAGCCGGUGGCCAAGGAAUGGGAGGCUCUGACGCCAACCUGCAGCGCCACCUCUUCUCGCCACGGCCGCCGAGCAUCAGCGAGAAUGUCUUUUUGGAAGCUGCGGCCAUGGAGGGCGCCGGCCCAGCUGGCGAGCAGGAGCUGCUGGAGAUGGAACCGUACCUCGGCUACCAGGAGCAGAACUACCCAUGCCAAACAGCGGGCAUGGAGCUACAGGGCAACGUGGCCCAUCGAGGCAUGCUCAGGGCGAUGGGUGACUUGCCAAUGAGUCCGGCAAGCCACGAGCCGCUGGAGGGCGGCUUUGAGCAGCCCAAUUACAUCCCGUCCCAAUGCCAGAUGAGUGUGGCCUUCCACGCAGCACGGCAGUGGGACGGUGACAGCUCGGGGGUGAAUCCUGCACCGCCCGCUGGCCUGGGGCAGUGCCACUCUGCCCAGUACCCAGGCCCUGACGCCAAGCACCUGGAAGCGGAGCCUGGCAGUACAGGCCAACAGGGGACAUUCCAGUUUAGCCAGCCCCACAUCAAAGCCGAGCAGCAGUUCCAAGCCGCUGCCCCCGCUCUCGCCUCCUGCCAAGGCAUGAAGCAGCUGCCAUACAGCCAGGCCCAACCUGUCUGUGGAGGGGGUGGGUACCAGCGGGAAAACCAACAGGGCCCUUGCUUUGGUAUGGGGCAGCCCACCGCCAGGCGAUCCCAGACCCCAAUGCUGCAGGUCAAGGAGAUGAUGGUGCGCAGCUACGUGCAGUCACAGCAAGCGCUGAUGUGGGGGGAGCAGCCAGGCGGCAACGCCCUCGAUGGCAUGGAGAGUGGGCAGUGCCAGCAGCAUCCGCCUUACCCUGGCCCCAAGUACCCCAGCUAUCCAGCCAGACCCCCACAAGCGAUGGAGAGCAAGGCACUUUCGAGCCCCGGCGGCCAGUGCUACAACCCAGGGAUGGUCCCCCAUCCGCCUGGUGGACCCAAGCCACUGAGUCGACAAAGCAGCUUGAGCUACCAAGCUAGCCCCUCGUACGAGCCCCCCAACGACGGCGGCCCCCACCAGAUGAUGCGCUUACCCCCACUCCAUAGACCUGAGGAAGCCAGUUUUCCCAGCCCCCUGCACAUGCAGCUCGGCAAAACCGCCGGGCACAAGUUGAUGGAUGCCCACCAAAGGCACCAUCAGCCGCCCAGCUGCGUGGCUGAGGAUCCAGGCGGGCCCUACGCUCCUGGGCUGGAUGUCCUCAAAGUGGAUUCUUUCUCUUACCUGCCAGAAGAGCAAGUGUCCAACAGCCUGGACACUUUGGACCUCGAGAACACCCACUUGGACUUCACGGCCAUCCUGGACGAUGCAGAGGUCCUCAGCCCCACCUCCCCACCCGGCGGCCCGGCCAACAUGGCUGUGGGGGAUAUGAGCUCCAUGCUGAACUCUCUGGCAGGGGAGAACCAGUUCCUUAACACCCUUUCCUAGUACG